ACUCCACACCGGUCGCUUUCCUCUGACUCCGCUGUUGUUUGAGGACCUGAUUGAGGACCAUGGGCCUACUGGACGUCUUCUUCUCCAUCAGAGACCGAGCUGAGAAGUUUCUGAACGAGAAAAACGUGGUGACAGAUUUUCUGGGGAAGCUGGAGGAGAAAACAGGGAUAAAGAAGAAGAUCAUCGCAGCUGGUGCCGUCUCAGUGACCGGACUCUACCUGGUGUACGGAUAUGGUGCCUCCCUCCUCUGCAACCUGAUUGGCUUCGUCUAUCCAGCUUAUUAUUCAAUCAAAGCCAUCGAAAGUGCGAGCAAAGAAGACGACACAAAAUGGCUGACGUACUGGGUGGUGUAUGGCGUCUUCAGCUUGGGCGAGUUCUUCUCCGACAUUUUCCUCUACUGGUUUCCAUUUUACUACGCUUUUAAGUGUCUCUUCCUGUUGUGGUGCAUGGCCCCGAUGUCGUGGAACGGCUCCCAGAUCAUCUACAACAAAGUGGUUCGGCCCGUCUUCCUGCGCCACGAGGCCACGGUGGACAACAUGGUGAACGACCUCAGCGGGAAGGCAAUGAGCGCCGCCGAAAACCUCACCAGAGAAGUCCUGUCUACUCUGGUGAAGAAUAAAUCUCUGGUGACUCCGAUGCCGUCGGUCGCUCAGUCCGAACCUAAAAGUUUACCGAGUUCAUCGACAGAAACAUCAGCAGCUAAAAUAUCUCCAUCACAACCGAGUGAAGAACGGCUGCCUUUCCUGGGUUAACCAGUGUGGAUGAAGUCAGUGUAGACUGACGUCCUUCAGGUAGCAGCAGAGGAAGAAGAGGAGACUCAGUGAGGAAUCAUCACCCAUCAAGAAACAUACCUCCUGUCAAAGAGACUGAUUUCCUUUUUAUAUCAGAUAUGUUAUAUUUCUAUACCAGUCUAUAACAGGAUUCAAUGUCAGAUGCACGCACUGUUUCUUAUGGUUGUUUUCAGUUUAUUUAUUUAUUUGUAUUUAUUGAUGUUUUUUUUUUUGAUGAGAAGCACCUGGAACCAGCCUGUAAACUAACAGACAAACUCCCUGUUCUCCACCAAGGGGCGGUGUUUCCCCUUAUUACUGCAUUUGUGUGUGUGUGUGUGUGUGUGUAUGUGUGUGU